CAGCUGCAGUAGGCUCCCGACACAGCCGCUUGCAAGACGUCCUCGAACUAUCCGACGCAUCCGCGCGAUCCUCCCCUGACACCGAUGGCCCCGCGCCGCCACCUCGGCCAAGUUCAAGGCCUCCUCGACGCCGAGGACGCCGGCGUGACCCGGUGCUGCGUGCCGACCGGCGAGUGCCUGCGCGUGCAGCAGCAGCAGAUGAGCCCCAACACCGCCGACCCGAUGCUGAUCGCCCUCGACGACCUCCGCGACACCGUGCGCGUCACCUGCAACAACGAGCUCUGCACCUCCGGCAGGUUCAUGCACCGCGAGUGCUUCGAGCAGUGGGAGCAGACGGUACUGGCCUACCUCAAGACCUGCGGCCGGGCGCGCUCCUGGUCGGAGCGGCAGCGCCACCAGAACCUCUGGACGAAGAAGGGCUACGACUUGGCGUACAAGGCGUGCGGCUGCAAGUGCGGCCGCGGCCACCUCAAGAAGGACCUGGACUGGAUGCCGCCGCCGCCGACGAGCAAUAUCUUCGGCCGCGUGGAGGACAUCUCCGAGGCGGCGGCCGGCAAGAAGAAGAAGCGCCGCAACCGCAACGCGAGGCCCUCGCUGGCGAUCUCGGCGGCACACCCCGGCCCCAACGAGGGCAGAGGCAGGGCGGGGAGUCUCUCCUCGAGCACGGGCUCCUCGUCGCCGCCGGCGUCCGGCAGCGAGCCCAGCAUCUCGCCGGUUCACGCGCACUCGAAGAAGAAGUCGAAGACGGACAGCGCCGAAAGGAGCCGGGUCGGAGGCGGCGCCAAUGGGAUUUUCACCCGCCGGCUGGAUUUCAGCUCUUUCAACGCUUUACCGAAGAACAAACUCAAUUCCUAUCAAAUCAAGACGGAAGACGAAGGCAACCACGGAAACGACGACACUCGCUGCUUCAUCCUGUCCACCCUCGCAUCUCAGGGACGCUCCAAAGUGCACUGUGUCCUCUGCGAAGAGAGGAUGCCGGUUUUCGAUAGGUAUCCUCUAGUUGACGGCACGUUCUUCCUGAGCCCGCGCCAACACGCCAAAGGCUGCAUCGAGGUGAAAGUGGAAGGACGCACCCAGUUUUUGACGGUCGUCUGCAUGGCGUGCCUCGAAGGCGUCAACGGACGCGCCAUCGUCUGCAGAUUCUGCAACCAGAGAUGGGACGGAUCCUCUCUGGUCCUGGGUACCAUGUACUCGUACGACAUUUUCGCUGCCAUGCCGUGCUGCACAGAACGCAUUAAGUGCAACGCGUGCUACAAGCCGGUCCUGCACCCCGCCCAGCGCCUCAACUUCUUCAGCGAUUACAGCCACAUAGUGCCGUGUCCCCAUUGCCACACGUUCGACACGCACUUCGUCAAGCCCCUGGCUUACUGUUACGCCCGCCAGCCGCUGCGGUCGCUGCAGUUGUGGCCAUAGCCCGCGGCCCCCGCCUCGCUCGCGAAGGCGCCCCCGACGCCGCCCACGCCGCCGCCGGACCUCAUGGACCUGGACCUGGGGUUGCUGUGGCGCGAACUGGCCGGCCUGCGCCUCGACGAGUUCUGCCGCCUCCAGCUCACCCGAGCCCGGUAGACGGACUUAGUUUUCUUUGUUAUGUUGUUGCAUUUUAUAUUGCAUUUAUUUUUGGGGCGCGUUCUCGGGGCCGCCGGGAACGGUCCCCAGACAUAUGUCGCAUAUAUAAAAACCGUUAUGUUAUUAGUUUAUUAUUAAUUAUAUGUUUGUUAGGUUUUAGUGAAUUUAUAUUCAACUUAAGUCUCUUUAUCAAAUGAAUGACAUUGUGAUGAUAGUUAUCUUAAUUUCUAGCUCGAAUUCAGUUGACGCUAAAGCAGGUCUUGUUGUAACUGAGUGAAUUUGGAGAAAUGCACUUUUGAGUUUUGAGUUUUUUUUUUUUUUGUUUGUUUGGUUAUUGCUGAUUUUGUUUCUUUUGUUAAUUUGAGUAUAAGUUAGCGUUAUUGUAGAGAAGAGAAGCAAGUGUGUUGAUUUCGUUCGCGGAUGGCGCGAUUGCUUUAUUACUUAAUAACUAUAAUACAUAAUACUAUAGUAAUAAAAAUGAUAUAUUGCUGUGUCCCAAUAAUUAGUGAUAGGUGUGAAUGGUGCGGGACCUUGAAAGAUGGGUCUCGCUUGCGUGUCCCGUUAUCGUCGUUGUUGUUGUGAUGGGUUGUUCAGGGACAGUCGGUCUCCCUGCGAGUAGCACACUGCCACUUCAUCCCGCUGCUGCACCCGUAGCCUUCCAGAAACGGACGUACAAAGAACUCAGCCGCUCAGAUUAUCCGCAAAUACCUCUUGAAACUUGACGAUGGUGAUUACGAUGAAGAUGGCGGAUCUAGGAAAUUGCUUCAAGUACAAACCGUUCGUUACUUUUGCAAAUUUUAUAUAAAUGAUUACAAUAUAAUCGAUUGUUGAGGGUAAAAUAAUUCCUAUCUCCGUUUAGCCAAAGCUUAUGUUGUUUUUUGAAACUACACAUCGACCGACUAGAUAUGUUGCGCGAGUGCGAGCGAGCUUUUGUACCGUAGCGAGCGUAGCGUAGUCCCUUAGCGUAGUGGUAACUGCAUGAUGCCCCCCUAACUCUAAGCUAGCCCUAAGACUCCCCAACCACCCGCUUAUUGUUAUCGAGGCCUAACUCACGGUCUAACUUCUACGUGUGAGAAUCCUUCAAUGUUGUCGUUUUUUGGACAAAAACUGUAAAUAACGUGUUCGAAUUCGAAAAUCCAUUAAGUUUUUCAAAUUGGUAUUAUAUGUCGAUUAAUCGUAAGUCUAGUUCGUAGUCGUUUUUUACAAUAAAAUACGAAUUAAUAAGUAGGUGUAGUCGUUGAAGAGGCGCGGGCACCCCAGCUGGUGCGAGGACCAAUCGGUGGCUGCCAGAGCUCGACCAUUAGUCCUUUCUUGAACCUCCUGAUGUCGCGGUCCGGCGUCCUCUAUCUCGCACGGCUCGGCACCCUCGAAGGGAAACCAAUGAGAAUUUUUCAAAGAAAAAAAACAACAAUUUUUGCAGCGCCGUCUCGUGUCAUGUCACAGUCGCGCCGAGCCGUGCGUUUCACUCCGAUAAGGCUGUCCAUGCACAAUAUUACACGAAGGCGCAAUCAGGGUAAGGGUCGUACCGUAGAGCACCACUAUAUAGGUAUCUUUAGCGUAGCUUGGCUGCAAGUAGAUAAUGACAUGUAUCCGUGUGUGUUUUCGCCGCUUUAGCUAGCUGUCUUUAAUCCACGAUCCACCAACCAUGAGGCAACCCAGUGCCCUCGCAAAGUUUGCGAGCGCGCCACCUCCGCGUCACCGUACCGUAAGAGGUCGGUCGGAUCGCCGUUCCCAAACCGUUCUUUCACUAAUUGGCGUACUAAUCGUAAGUUGUGAUUUUGUACACGAAAACUGGAUAUUUUGUGAUGAUAUAUUUUUAUACGAUCGGCUGUUUUUAGACUUAAGUGGAACCGACUUGACAGUUAUUUUUCGAAAUGAGUAUGUUGGCUUUAAAGUUGCAACCGGUUCCGUGUGAUCACGAUCGCCACGAUCGACUCGAAGUGAUAAAAUUUGUACAUAAAUACGACGAAAAUUCUUAAAAAUGAUCGAAACAAGCUAUGUUUUUAUACGUAAAUUUUGCAUCUUGUAGUGGAUUAAGGUCUAGAUUGUAGAAUACCGUCUCUCAUGGUUGAGUGGACCCUUGCUUUUGCGUUUCGGGGCCGCCCCACAAACGCCAACCUCCUUAGUUCGCAAACUGACAUCCAUCAUUUUGUUUCAUCUUUCAUUACACAUCCAUUAACACUGCACUUCAUCAGCCGGCACUUCCACGGUAUACAAGUAUUUUUUAGUUUUAUUCACGUGUGCGGUAACCAACGACAAAUCUAAGGCAGAAAGGCAAAAGGCCGUAAGUCCGAAAUGUGAUGUUCUUGAAGCUAAAAUUAUUUCGGUUUGAUAGUCACAAAUUACUAACAUAAAGAUGUAACUCUUGAUGUCAAAGACAGCAUGGACAUUGAAAUUCUACCUCAUUUAUAUACCUGUCCAUAUCUGGAUCAACGUCUCCUAACGAUGUCGUUGAUUGCAAAUUUCUAUAAAAAUCUUUAGCGCUAUCAUCAAUGAAGUCUAACUCUAGUAAAUUUUUUUUCAUCCAUUUUCCAAUGAACCUUAAAUAAAUUCUACUAUGUCUAUGUCUUCUACAAUUGUCCUUUGGAGGCAAAAAUACCUUUAACACUUCUUGCCUUUUCAACAAAAUUGUAUAUGCUUGUAUGUGUCAGGAUAAACUCUUUUAAUACGCACCCAUCUUAUUAAUGAAUAUUAUAAUUAAAACCAUAACUUCCUGCAAAAAAUCCUUUUGCCUUUCUGCCUCAGAAAAGCUGAUGUAUAGACUCCCGAUGAUUGAAUAAUUGUCUCCAUUUGUUGAUUCGGUAUGGAAUUGGUGAAUGCGAGAUACGUAACGAUAACCGAGUAGUUUAAUUAAAAUAAUUUUUUGUACUUUUGAUUUAUCGAAAUUUGAGAUCCGACCUUGCAGGAGCUUGUCCUCGGCGUGGCGGACUUUGAAAAUGCGUUGGACGUCAGAUGCGGAGCGUGUUUCGGGGUGGUCCCCCUUUCUCCUAUUAAAGUACAAAUUUGGUAAUACACACAACAUAUUAACAAAUGGUAACGAUGUUUUCGGUGUUGUAGUUGUGUGAGGGCCGCCUCCGGGCGGCCGGUGUAGAGUAGCCGCUAGGAUGCUCCCUCGCUGUUUUCAAUUACACAUAUUAUUACUAUUGGGAAGUGUUGAGAGUUGAGAAGGUAGUUUAUGUAUGUUUAUAGCGUACUGUAGUAGGGGCCGGGCGAGGCGGCAGGGCGAAGCGGGCGCUCUGCAUUGCCGCCCCUUGGGACUUAGAUAGGGCCGGCACUACUUUAGCAGAGCGCGACGUCAGCCAUUGUUAUCGCAGGGCCGGACCGGGUCGGUCCGGCCCGGACAGUUACAAAUCAACGGUGAUCACUGAAUGAGUACAAAUGCUGCCGCCCCGGCCCGAGCCGUUUUAUUAUUAUUAUUGAUGAUGUAUUUUUCAGAGUUUAGCAUGAGCAAUAUCAGCAGAAGUUUAAUUAUGUAAUUUUUUUAAGCCGCGGGCGGGCUGCGGCCCGCUCGCGGACGCAAAAGAGGUUAGUUUCGUGGGGGCGGCGUGGCGGUUGCGCGGCGUCUGCGGAUAGAGAUAGCAACAUGUGCCAUACCUGAAGGGAUUUCAAUGCCAAAUAAAGAAGGCCGCGGGAGCGCCGCGCCGCCCCCCCAUCACCAAAUUUCACACAAUAAAAACGACUAUUUAUUCACACUACUAGAGUACCUAUGUCGCUGGAGAAGCAUGCAAUUUGUCAGGAUCUUUCAGUAUAUUGUAAAUUAUCUAUUUGUAACAUUAGGCUAACAACAAAUUGUUGCUCGGCGUCCUGCGUGAGGCCCGCGGACGUCUCAAGCUUUAGAAUGUACAAAAUUUAUUUAUGUUUAUUGGUUUUGAUCGAGUUCGGUUGAAAUUAAAUUUUUAGUCACGGGAAUCACGGAAGACGCCGAGCACGAGUCGAGAUGUUUUUUAUAUGCGUGAAAAAUUUGAUAUCAAUAUAAUAUAUGACAUAAAAUGAUCGAGCUUUUGACGGCUUUUUAUAUGUAAUACAAUGGGAUUACAAAUUUUUAAGACGUAAUAAAUAUAACCAUUGUCUAA